AGGACCACAGUCCUGGGGGCAGGGGCUCACCCCUCUGGCCCCCGGAACCAGCCGUCCUCGGGGUGCUCAGGGCUGACCUGCCUGGCUGCAACCUUGCCGGUGGAAGCGGGGACGGCCUCAUGGGUCCUCCAGCCAAGAGGAGUGGAGGGCAUUCUUUUGAGAACAAACUCCUUAAAAACAAACCUUGGACCGUCUUGCUUGGGUCUCAAGACGGGAGACUGAGUGCCUGGUGACGCUUGCGGUCUCCGUGGUGGGUGGAGGGGCAGGAGCCCAGCUCUCCUGGGAGCAAAGGUGGAAUCACACACCGGGCCUUUUCUUUCCGUCCAGAGGUUUAAGAUUACCAUCAGCCUGCUCGUGUUUGAAAUCCUCUGAGCAGAAUGUGGAAGAAAGGAGGGAAAAAACAGGGUUUGGGGUUUGGUUUUGUUUUAACCAGGGAAAUGUGCCUCCUCGUGUUUCAUGUUAAGGCCAGACUGAGGCAAUCGGAAAUCAUUAGCUUCGGUCUGACUGUGGCCGCCGUCGGCGCCGUUCCUGGAACGCGAUUUGAUGGUCCUGGAUCCGGAGACAGGCCGCAAAUGCAGCGGUCCCAGGGCCUUUUGGGGGAGAGCGGCUCAUUGUCCCCCGGGUUCAGCGUGAGGGAUCCUCAUUCUGGUGCUGGGCAGAGAGAUCCAGAAAGCGUCCACUGGGACCCGAAGCGCAUGCCCAGAGAAGUGACACGAAGGACACGUACUCAUGUUUGACUGCUGGAGGUUUGUCCUGUGCAAGAAAACUGGACGCAACCAUCAUUCUUCCCGGAGAGGCUCCGAUGAGGCCGAAAAAGAAGAAGGUGACCCUCAGAUCGACGUACCUGACGUCCUCAGGCUUGUCAGAGACCCACCAGAGGGGUCACAUUCACCUGCAGAUGAAAUCAUGCACCGGGACAUCACCCCACUCUGCGCCGCAGACAUCCAGGACCAGCUGAAGAAGCGCUUUGCAUAUCUGUCUGGCGGGCGCGGGCAGGACGGCAGCCCCGUCAUCACCUUCCCGGACUACCCGGCCUUCGGCGACGUCCCCGACAAGGAGUUCCAGAAUGUCAUGACCUACCUCACCAGCAUCCCCAGAUGCUGUGAGCCUGUGGACGCCUCGCGGAUUUUCUCCCAAAAGUGUAGCAAUGCCAUCAAGAGCGAUUUUAUAACAUGGACACACAGGGGGACCUCAGAUGCCAGGACUGAUGUAACCUUACAAGAUGCUGGCAUUGGAUUCAUCCUGGUCAUAGACCGAAGGCAGGACAAAUGGACCUCGGUGAAGGCAUCAAUCCUGCGAAUAGCAGCGUCCUUCCCAGCAAACCUCCAGCUCGUCCUGGUUCUGCGCCCAACAGGGUUUUUCCAAAGGACUCUCUCCGACCUCGCGUUCAAGUUCAAUAGAGAUGACUUCAAGAUGAAGGUGCCGGUCAUAAUGCUGAGCUCAGUACCAGAAUUACACGGUUACAUCGACAAGUCCCAGCUGACCGAGGACCUGGGCGGGACCCUGGAUUACUGCCACAGCAGGUGGCUGUAUCACCGCACAGCGAUCGAAAGUUUCGCCCUCAUGGUUAAGCAGACAGCUCAGAUGCUGCAGUCCUUCGGGACCGAGCUGGCUGAAACGGAGCUGCCCAACGACGUGCAGUCGACGAGCUCGGUGCUCUGUGAGCAUACAGAGAAGAAGGACAGAGCAAAGGAGGACAUGAGGUUGGCACUGGACGAGGGGCAGAGCAUCCUGGAGAACAUCAGGGAGCCACUGGCCAAGAGCGGGGAGCAGAGCCUGAACCAGGACCAGCUGGAUAACCAGACCACUGUGCAAAGGCUCCUGGCGCAGCUGAGCGAGACUGAGGCUGCCUUCGAUGAGUUCUGGGCAAAGCAUCAGCAGAAGCUCCAACAGUGUCUGCAGCUCCGGCAUUUUGAACAGGACUUUCGAGAGGACAAAGCCUCUUUAGACACACUGGCCCAGAAGAUAGCAACCUUCACCGAUGUGGGUAACAGCCUGGCGCACGCAGAGCACCUCCUGAAGGACCUUGCCAGCUUUGAGGAGAAGUCGAGUGCCUCUGUAGAGCGGGCCCGCGCCCUCUCCCUGGAGGGUGAGAAGCUCAUUGACAGCAAGCACUACGCCGUGGACUCCAUCCGCCCCAAGUGCCACGAGCUCCAGCACCUCUGUGACCAGUUCGCGGCCGAGGUGGAGAGGCGGAGGGGGCUGCUCAGCAAGUCCCUGGAGCUGCACGGCCUCCUGGAAGCAUCCAUGAGGUGGUGUGAUGAGGGGAUCUACCUGCUAGCCUCACAGCCUGUGGACAAGUGCCAGUCCCAGGACGGCGCGGAGGCGGCCCUGCAGGAAAUUGAGAAAUUCCUGGAGACCGGUGCAGAGAAUAAGAUCCAAGAGCUCAAUAAAAUUUACCAGGACUACGAGUCCAUCCUCACCAAAGACCUGAUGGAGCACGUGCAGAAGGUCUUCCAGAAGCAAGAGGGCAUGGAGGAGAUGUUCCACCGGAGACAGGCAAGCCUGAAGAAGCUGGCAGCCAAGCAGACGCGGCCCGUGCAGCCCGUGGCCCCCCGGCCAGAGGCGCUCACAAAAUCGCCCUGCCCCUCCCCAGGCAGCCGGAGAGGCUCUGAGAACAGUUCUGAGGGCAGCGCGCUCCGGAGAGGGCCCUACAGGAGGGCCAAGAGCGAGAUGAGUGAGAGCCGGCAGGGCCGGAGCAGCUCCACGGGGGAUGAGGAGGGAAGCCUGGCCGUCUUGCGGAGGCAUGUGAUGAACGAGCUCUUGGACACGGAACGGGUCUACGUGGAGGAGCUGCUCUGUGUCCUGGAGGGCUAUGCCGCUGAGCUGGAUAACCCGCUCAUGGCGCACCUCGUGUCACCGGGCCUCCAGAACAAGAAGGACGUUCUCUUUGGAAACAUGGAAGAGAUUUACCACUUUCAUAACAGAAUAUUCCUGAGGGAGCUGGAAGACUACGCAGGCUGCCCAGAGUUGGUCGGAAGGUGUUUCCUGGAACGGAUGGAAGAGUUCCAGAUCUACGAGAAGUAUUGUCAGAACAAGCCGCGCUCCGAGAGCCUGUGGAGACAGUGUUCCGACUGCCCGUUCUUUCAGGAGUGUCAGAGGAAGCUGGACCACAAGCUGAGUCUGGACUCCUACCUGCUGAAGCCGGUGCAGAGAAUCACCAAGUACCAACUGCUGCUCAAGGAGAUGCUAAAAUACAGCAAGAGCUGCGAGGGGGCCGAGGACCUGCAGGAGGCACUGAGCUCCAUCCUGGGCAUCCUCAAGGCUGUGAACGACUCCAUGCACCUGAUCGCCAUCACCGGCUACGACGGGAACCUGAGUGACCUGGGGAAGCUGCUGAUGCAGGGCUCGUUCAGUGUCUGGACGGACCACAAGAAGGGCCACACCAAGGUGAAGGACCUGGCCAGGUUCAAGCCCAUGCAGCGGCACCUCUUCCUGCACGAGAAGGCUGUGCUCUUCUGCAAGAAGAGGGAGGAGAACGGGGAAGGGUACGAGAAAGCCCCUUCCUACAGCUACAAGCAGUCCCUGAACAUGGCGGCCGUCGGCAUAACAGAGAACGUGAAGGGCGACGUGAGGAAGUUUGAGAUCUGGUACAACGCCAGGGAGGAGGUGUACAUUGUACAGGCACCGAGCCCUGAAAUCAAAGCUGCGUGGGUGAGUGAGAUCCGCAAGGUGCUGACCAGCCAGCUGCAAGCCUGCAGAGAAGCCAGCCAGCACAGAGUGCUCGAGCAGUCCCAGAGCCUGCCUCUGCCCGCACCGCCCAGCACCAGUCCCUCGAAAGGGAGCACGAGGAACAUCAAGAAGUUGGAAGAAAGGAAAACUGACCCCCUCAGCCUGGAAGGAUACGUGAGCUCCACGUCGUUGCCGAAGCCCCCCGAGAAGGGCAGAGCUUCUCCUACCAGCCCUGACAAAAAAGCUAAGCGACACGAAGUAAAGAGCGACCCAACGCCUUUUGGUUUACGAGGUUGGAGCAAAACGUCUCAGCCCUCGGAGGCCCCUGAGGACAAUGACGGCUGGUCCAGUGCCGAGGAGCUGAUUAAUUCCUCAGACGCAGAGGAGGAAGGCAGAGUGGGCGCCAGGAAGCUGGUUCCAGGAAAGUACACGGUCGUGACGGGCGACGAGAAGGAAAGCCCCGACGCGCUUGCCGUGAGAAGUGGGGACGUGGUGGAGGUGGUCCACGAGGGCGACGAGGGCCUUUGGUAUGUCAGGAACCUGACCUCCAGCAAGGAGAGCUGGGUGCCGGCCAGCAGUCUGUCCACGCUCCUCAGCACGUCCGGCUCGGCUCAGUGCCUGAGCAGCUCAGGUAAGGCCCCCACACCCCGCGCAGGCCGCGCCCCGAGCCCGCGGGGUUCCACAGCCGUGAGCUUGAGUGUGCAGAUGCACAGCCGCAGCCGUUCUUGCCUGGUUUUCCCGCAGAGUCCAGUGCGGGGUCCACCCUGCUGAGCACCUCCUCCAGCUGCAGCGAGAGCUGUGGGGCCCCCCUCUCAGACCUCCAGGGGUAGCGCCGGGCCCUGCAGGAGGCCGUGCAGCCUGCGAGCCUCUAAGUUUUCCUUUGCUUGGGCUUGCUUAGUUUGGUGAGGGGACGGUGCUCUAAGACCCUGGGGAAGGAGGACCCUGACAAGACCCCGAGGAGCCGCCUGCCGCCCACGGAACUUCGAGGUGCAGACGCAGGGGCCCGCAGAGGGAAGGUUCUGGAAGGUUCUGCCCCGCGGCCUCCACGCCGGGACCACCGCCGACGAGGGUGCAGAAGCCAGUUGCACAGGAGGACCAAGGUACACUGAGCUUUCCAGGAAAACCAGGACGGAACGAGGGCGCCAGGCCGUGGAGAGGAGCCCGUCCCAGCCGCUCUACGUGGUUCCAGGCAUUUCUGGUCUGGUGCUUCCUGCAGGAAUAGGCAUAUGUUGUGGGAGUGACGAGUCCACUGACCCAGCAGCUCGGUGGGGAAACUGUUUUGUCUUUUACAAGUUUUUUUUAAAGCAGGGAUUAAUUCCAUGGCCAUUUUUUGUGGUACUCUGGCCGCUAAUCUUUACCAAGAAUCACUGUGUUUACAUGAAAUGACAAUUUGAUACUGUAUUUGAUACAAAACUAUUUUCUGUUACCGGGGUUUACACAACAGCACGUUGUUUAUACUGCUGGGAGGUAUGGGGGCUCUCGUGGGGAUGGAAGCCCUCGCCAAGGCCCGCCGGGCUACAGGCAGAUGAACACACGCCCCCCGAUAAAAUCCAGCAGCAUUUCUACAAACAGAGGCAGUGGAAACCAAGGAGAGUCCCUUAUCUGUGCAGGUUAAUUUUCAAAAGAAUAUUUAAACUAUAAUUUAAGAUAUUUAGCUUCUUUUCUACAAAAAAAUGGAACUUGAUUUUUUUAACUAGCUUCACUGAAUUAGGAUUUUUUAUUGUUUUUAAAGAAUAAGUAAAGAUGCGGUUUUUGUAGGGUGCCCUUUGAGCGAGCAGUACCCACACGGGCUCGGUGAAAGCGCCAGCCUCCGGAGGCCCCCACCGCCGCCUCCCGCGCUCGGUAAAUCCCCCGAGCUCGGAAACGCAAGGAGUUCAUUACUGAAACCGAGGCAGAACCAGAAAGAAAACUCUUGUUUUACCUUUUUGUGUUCAGAAACAAAUUCUGUUCUUCGGAAACACUGUCUGUAUCUGGUGGGGGCAGAUAUUUUUAUACGUGUGCAUAUGUGGGUGUGUGUACAUAGGUGUCCCGUGUCAGGGAUGCACCACGGCCCCCGCGAUGCUGGAAACUGUCACUUCACAGCCCUCCCUGAGCCCCGCGCCUGCCGUGCCCGCUGCGCCUGCCCGCCGCCUGCAAGGCCCCCUCCGGCCCACCUCUGCAGUGCGUCCCAACAGCUUUCCUCGGUGUCUGGUUGUGGGAACGUGACGCUUCUGCAGGUUACUCCACGCGCUGCUCGUCCAGAGUCCACCCCGGCCGCCUCGGCCGUGUCACCACCACUGGGGGCCCAUCUUCAUUAAGGCACUUUAAAACCUCCUGUCCCGUCACUGCUUCUUGUUUCGUUUCAGGUCUUUUUUUUUUUUUUUUUUCCUGCUGAUGUAAUGAAAUUUAAAAAUCAGAGUUCUUUAUUGUAUGGAUGGAGUUUGAAUAAAUAUCAGCCCCUCUCGC